GACAGUUGUUGAAUAAAAAUUAAUGACAGACUUUUAUUAAAAAGAAAAAACUAAACCUGGUGUGUUGAUGACGUACUUCCUGCUGAACUUGUAGAGGAAGAGAAACACACUCAUGGCGGGGGAGGUAUACCUGCUCUGGUUACUGCCGUUAUUGCAAACGCUUGCAGCCUAUGGAGCAGAGCUCUCCUCAGAGGCUUGCAGGGAGCUGGGUUUCUCCAGCAAUCUCCUGUGUAGCUCAUGUGAUCUCCUGGGUCAGUUCAGUCUAAACCAGCUAGACCUUCCCUGCAGACAAUGCUGCCAAGAGGAAGCUCAACUGGAGUCUAGGAAGCUUUAUCCAGGAGCCAUCCUCGAGGUCUGUGGAUGAAAAUUGGGGAGGUUCCCUCAAGUCCAAGCUUUUGUCAGGAGUGACAAGCCAAAGAUGUUUAAGGGUCUUCAAAUCAAGUAUGUGAGAGGCUCAGACCCUGUACUAAAGCUGCUGGACGAUAGUGGGAACAUCGCUGAGGAACUCAGCAUCCUUAAGUGGAACACAGACAGCGUUGAGGAAUUUCUUAGUGAGAAGUUGGAUCGAAUUUAAAGUCGCAUUUACAUAUUUAAAAUCAUAUUUCCUCUUUUUACUUUAUUUGUUAAGCUCUCCAAUGGAGUUAAACAACCACAAUUAAUUUAGCUCUUAAUAAUGGCCAUAAAUGCAAUAUCCCUCUACAAUGUCAAAUUAUCUGUUGUGUAGUCUUUGAAAGUAACAACACAUGCGUCUGGUUUAAAUUUAGGUUAUUCAUACAUACUGUAUGUAUUUGACUUUCUUUUUAUAUUGAAGUUUUGAGAUUUGUUUUAUACAUCAUGUAUCUGAGUUAAGCUUGUUGAAUGUUCUGGUUUGGAACAGCUUGUUGUGUCUCUUCAGAAGCACAUGUUUGUGUAGAUUUGCACAUUAGUGAAGGCCUGACAGUAAACCAGUCAAUGGGAUGUGAGGCCUGAAGAUCCUGUGUAAUUCUCAAAGCUUGUUGUUAUGAUGGGAAUCUUCAAGCUGUUUUCCAGUAUGAGCAGGUGAAAUGUAUUCAUUAAAGGUUGUUUAAAAAAAGA